CUUGUCCACGAACAUGAUCAUUCCUCUAUCUGAAGAGAAAGACAGCACAAACAAACAAGAUGGUUCGAUGGAGGGGACGUCGGUGCCCGAUGCUAACUUGACGUCUAUUGUGAUGCAAAUUAUUGUGCGGAGGGAUCUAAUGGAUGUCGAAAAAUGGGGAGUUGGUCCUCUAAUUGCGCAAGGCGCACAUGCGGCUACAGCGGUGUUGUAUGAGUCGCGAGAUUCCGCUGAAACCCAGUUGUACUUGGCUGAUCUUCAUAACAUGAGAAAGGUAGUUCUACAGACACCAGAUGCGGACACACUCAACAAGCUGCACAACCUGCUCUCAAGUGCAACCCCCCCAGUUCCACACCACAUGUGGCUGGAGCAGCCCGAAAAUACGCCUACCUGUAUCGCGCUUGCACCGAACAGAAGAAGUAGCGCGAUCAAGAAAGCUUUGGAUAAAGCCAAAUGCGGAUUGUGGCAAGGAUAGGUUAUGCACAUACCUCGAUUACGUACACCCACGCAUCUCAUCCUUCUUAUGGAAACGAUGGCGACGGUCGUCCAGGUUGAUUUAUUAGAAGAUGUGUUAUCACGUGGAGGUCUUCCCAUUCUGUUGGAGACAGUCUGCCUCGUGCGUGCAGAACAAAGCGCGUUUCAAGAUGUACAGUAGCAAAGUCAUAGUGCCAGAGGGGGGUUUGAGAUCUGCUGGCGGCGCUGGGAAAAUCCAAUAAAGCACAUGUGCAAUGUUGAA